UCUAGCAUUUGGCUCCGAAUUGCUGUUACUGGAAGGGUCUGAAGAGCCUCGGGGGAAUGUGGAAGUGUGAAAAGGGGAUUUGCAGCAGCCAUCUUAGUGUUUUUAAGAGACAGAGCAGAAGACAGGCUGUGAGGGAAAAUUUAGUCGGCCUUAAACUUUAGACAAGGGCCUGCGUUUGGUCAAGCUUGCUUACAGGCCUUGAACUAAGAUCCUGCUUGUUUCUGUGUACAAGGGGCAGAAGGAGUCAGAGUGGAAAAAAUCCCCUCCCCAGGCUCGACCCAGGUCCACCAGAGCUGCUGGGGAGAGGAACCCCUCCCUCAGCCCGGCUCAGGACCACAGCAGCUGCCCUGGCUGGGGAGAUGUGCCUCUCACCCGUCCCCGAGCUGCUGCGACUGACGAAUCACGUCCACAUUUCACUCCAGAUGGUCCCGUCUUCCAGGAGACUGGGAAGGGAAAUGGCUGUGAUGGAGCCAGCUCAGAUGCCGGUGACCUUCGAGGAGGUGGCUGUGUAUUUCACCCAGGGGCAGGGAGCUUUGCUGGACCCCGCUCAGAGAGCCCUCUACAGGGACGUCAUGCAGGAGACCUAUGAGAUGGUGACCUCGCUGGGUAAGGGCUUCCCGUCCACUCUGUUAUUAGAAGCCGUGGGACCUACGUAUCUGAAUGUGUUCAGGUUCUUCCUCAGAUUUCCCCUUUCCAAACCUGAGCUUAUCGCCCGCCUGGAGCAAGGGGAAGAGCCGUGGGUGCCCGAUCUCCAGGCCUGUGAGGAAAAAAGGCUUCCAAGAUGCAUCCAUACAGCUAGGACAGGGCUGUAG